AUGCGUCUACUACAAUGUGACGAUACGGGCAGGUUUACACUGACCCCAGAUCUCGCUUCCGACCAUGGCCUUCCCUACGCGAUUCUCUCCCAUACAUGGGGGCCUGACGAGGUUAUCUUUACCGAUAUAACAGGAACGCAAAUUGAUUGGCAGCAAAAGUCCGGCUUUGAUAAGAUCAAAUUCUGUGCAGAACAAGCGCGACGAGACGGUCUGCAGUAUUUCUGGGUCGACACCUGCUGUAUCGAUAAAUCCGACAGUAUCGAGCUUCAGACGGCGAUAAAUAGCAUGUUUCGAUGGUACCGCGACGCGAAACGAUGCUAUGUAUAUUUAGCAGACGUUUCGGUACCUUCAAUCUCUGGUGCGGAGCAAAGCACAUUACAAUGGGAAGCAGCAUUUCGAACAAGCAGAUGGUAUACUCGUGGGUGGACACUCCAAGAGCUUCUUGCUCCCGAAAGAGUUGAUUUCUUCUCGAAGGAAGGGGCUCGGCUCGGAGACAAGCGAUCGCUUGAGCAAGAAAUUCACGACAUCACAAAGAUACCUAUUCCUGCGCUUCGGAGAGCAGUUCCUUUUGAUCAAUUCAAUGUCGACGAACGAAUGAAGUGGGCCGAGUCUCGCCGUACUACGCACGAGGAAGACUUGGCAUACUGUCUGUUGGGAAUCUUUGGUGUUUUCAUGCCUCUCAACUACGGCGAGGGGAGGAACAACGCUUUCAUCCGCCUGAAAAAGGAAAUCGGAGACAACCCAGAACGACAAGAAUGGCUCCAGAAACUUUACGUCUGUCCGUAUCAAGAACGCAAAGAUCGAAACCCGCCACGGGUCGAAAGCACAUGCAAGUGGUUCACGGAUCACUCACUCUUCCAAAAAUGGCAAAUGAGUAGUACAGCUCAGUUGCUGUGGGUGUCCGCUGACCCAGGAUGCGGAAAAUCGGUUCUGGCGAAAUACUUGAUUGAUGAUGUGUUGGCAAGCACUAUUUUGAGAACAACAUGUUUUUUCUUCUUCAAAGACGACUAUGAGGACCAACGAUCUUCAACAACUGCGAUGUGUUCUUUGCUACACCAAAUUUUCCAUCAUCACCCGAUUGCAUUUUCGACCGAGGUUCUCGAGAAAUUUAAGGAGAAAGGGUCUGCACUUCUCCAAUCCUUCAGUGAUCUCUGGGAUAUUCUCAUCUCCGCCACGAGUGGCCAUAAGAGGGAGUUCAUCUUCAUUUUUGACGCUCUCGAUGAAUGUGAGACUUCAGGGCAGAUUCAAUUGAUCAAUGCUAUUAGCGAAUUCUCUUCGCGCGCCACGACGCGCUCUCCAGUAUUGAAGUUCCUUUUACUUAGUCGGCCGUACAUUGAUAUUGCGAGGCGCUUCCUGCACCUGAACCACGAUCUACCCACGAUUCAUUUGGCUGGAGAGAACGAAGAAGAGGCUACCCAGAUAUCUCACGAGAUCGAUAUGGUCAUCAGAAGCAGAGUAGCGGUCAUGGGUCGAACGCUUGGACUUGACCAGGAGAAACAAGCCGUUUUGGUUGGAGAACUUGUUCGAGUACCCAACCGCACCUAUUUAUGGACACAUUUGAUUUUUGAUGAGAUCCAAAGUAGUAUUCUUCUCACGCCGAACAGGAUCCGAUCUAUAGUUCGCAACAUCCCACGCUCAGUUUCUGAGGCUUACGAUAAGAUGUUGUCAAAGAGCCGGGACAUCAGACUGGCAAGAAAGCUCCUCCAUAUCGUCGUUACAGCAUCAAGGCCACUCACUCUAAAGGAAAUGUCUCUAGCAUUGGCGAUGAGACCUCACCAUCAAUCAAUAACUGACGCGGAUCCAGUGCCAGAAGGACAAUUCCGCGACGAUCUCAGGCAGCUCUGCGGGCUUUUUCUAAUUGUCGUCGACUCUAGAAUCUACCUCCUGCAUCAGACAGCCCGUGAGUUUUUGGUUCUACCUUCAACGCGGUCAUUGUCUCCUCUUCAAAGCACCACAGCGUUGCAGUGGGAAUUUUCCUUUCAUCCCCAAAAGUCACACCGCAUUCUUGCCGAGAUUUGUGUACAACGGCUUUCUUUCGCAGAUCUCAACGGCUUUCCUCUAGGUGGAGUCAUGGAUCUAGAUGAUUAUCUCGCUACUCGUACGCUUUCUGAAUAUGCAGUGCGACAUUGGGCAAACCACUUCGGCAAAACAAAAUGGGAGGAUGAUUAUCAGACAGUUGAGAAAGUAAUAUUGUACUGUCAUCCGGAUUCGCCUGGCUCCGCAUGGUGCUCAAUAUACCCAAGAAUCACGAGGGUCGAUGCGCCAUACGAUUUCACACCUCUCCUGCUUGCAUCCUACUUUGGUCUAAGCAGUGUCCUUGAGCGUCUUUCUAAAAAGGCUUUCAAGUAUAUCAACUUCAGGGAUGAAGAUUAUGGAAGGUCUGCCAUUUCCUGGGCUGCCAUGAAUGGCCAUGAUGCUAUCGUGGAACGACUUCUUGAUCGCAGUUUAGCCCAGCGACUUCUUGGUCGUAGAGCUUGUCUCAACACUAAGGAUCACUACGGCAACACACCGCUUGCGUUAGCUUGCAGAAAUGGUCAUGAGCUGGUAGUACAACAUCUUCUCAAGGCCAGUGCUCAUAUUAAUACGGAGAAUCUCUCGCGCGAAACGCCUCUUUAUAUGGCUUGCGGAAGAGGCUAUAACACAAUAGUCCAGCAGCUUCUGCAGGCCGGCGCCGAUAUCGAUAUCAGGAAUCGAUGGGAAGAAACGCCUCUUGGGAGAGCUUGCGGAAGAGGCUACGAUACAAUUGUCAAGCAGCUUCUGCAGGCCGGCGCCGAUAUCGAUAUCAGGAAUCAAUGGGGAGAAACGCCUCUUGGGAGAGCUUGCGAAAGAGGCUAUGAUAGAGUAGUCCAGCAGCUUCUGCAGGCCGGCGCCGAUGUCAACAUGAAGCACUGGAAUGAGGAUAUGCCAGAGAACAGUUCCGGCUGGGAUUGGCGUUUACACCGCACGCCGCUUGAGAUUGCAGAAGGCAGAGGCCAUACCACGAUAGUACAGCAGCUUCUUCAGGCUGGCGCCGAUGUCAGCACGAGGGAUGAGUAA